CCAAGCUAAAGAAUGUGUUGCUUUCAUAGCUAGAUUUUUGAAACGAUCAAGCAAAGCCACACCUGAAGUUAAUGAGUGUGGUACCUCAAAAUCAUUUUUCCCUAAGGUAGGACAUCCUAUCAAAGGAAAAGGAAGGACCUCAAAGAAAAAAAAUCGUGGAAACAUAAUUGAUCGCAAUACAUGGGCACAAGCACAUCGUUAUGUCUUGUUUAAUUGUCAUUGUGAGGAAGUUGAGAAAUAUAUAAGGUAAGAUUUGUAAUCAAAAUUUAGGUUUAUUAAUAUUUUUUUAUAAAAUGUCUUUAUUCUAACUCUAGUGCGUUAGUAAGAGAAUUUUUUUUUUUUUUUUUUACAGUGAGCACAAGAUUUGUGUAAGUGCUAAAAGGAAAAGAAAAUGGAAUAGUGCUCAAGACCAUAGCAAGGAUUUCAUGGAUUGGUUUAGGGAGAAAGUUGAUUUGAUUCUUAAAGAUGGCCAUGAUAAUAUCCCGGACCAUAUUUUGUGGUUAUCAAAAGGUCCCUCUCACGUUGCCAAAAAGUACACAGGAUACUCGGUUAACGGCUAUAGAUUUUAUACCAUGAAGCGAGAUGCAAACUGCGUAACUCAAAAUAGUGGUGUCACUCUAACCGCCAUUACACAUAGCUUUGCAAGCUCUAAAGAUCAAAAUCCUGUUGUGGGAAAUGUUAAUUAUUAUGGUUCAAUAACUGAAAUCAUUGAGAUAUCUUAUCAUGGUCAUUUCAGUGUUGUCUUAUUUAGAUGUCAAUGGUUUCACUCAGAGAAGGAUGAUGAUGAGCUUAUUACGGUUAAUAUGAAUAAGACCGUUUCUAAGGAAGAACCUUUUAUCUUAGCAACUCAAGCACAUCAAGUUUUUUAUGUGGAAGAUUUGAAUAGAGAAGGUUGGCAUUAUGCUGUUCAAAUCCCUCCUAGAGAGUUUUUAGAUGAUGAAACCGAGUAGACCCAAAGUUCCUACUUCCCAAAGUCAGCUUACUGAAUAUGAGUUGCAAUGGCUUUAAAAACUGAAAUUCAAUGCAGAGAGAAUGGAAGCCCGAGGAUCAGCAUCUGUAGCUAAUAAGAUUCUUGAAGAAAAAACAAAAGCUUUAAUUUGUCCAAGUGCAAGGCAAAAUAGUGUACCAGAAAAUGAAGAUGAUGACUCUACGUCGGAAUAUGAUGGUGAAAAUGAAGUUGAAACUGAUGACAUUAUGGAAGCUGAAAAUGUCACUUCUGGAAAAAGAAAAGCUAGUAAGCAGUUUUCAAAGCAAGUAAAGAAAACAUCACUUCGCCCUAAAACUAUGGCUGAUGUUGUGGAAGUGAAUAGCUGUAAGAAGCAUGCAGUUGAUGAAGUUCAGAGCACCCAAAAAAAGCAGCAAGUUAUCUCAGAAAAGAAGGGAACAAAACGAGCAUUCUGCUCUCCUAGUUCUAUGUCAGCGUACCUUGAGUUCCGGAAAAGGCAAAAAGAAAAUAAUGAUGGGUUUGUAUCAAGUAAUCAGUCUUUGAAUUAUUCUCUUACAAGAAAAGCAAUGAAUAAUGGCGCUGCAUUUAAUGAGAAUAACAAUGAUGAUGCCGAUGCACUAAGUGAGAAUGAUGAAGCGGAUGCACUAAAUGAGAAUGAUGAUGAUGUUGGUAAUGAAUAUGAGGGUGAUAAAGAAUUACAAGAUGAAGUUCAAUUUCAGCUUGGAAGCGAAGGAAUGCAAGAACCUCCUGAUUCAGAACCUGAAAAAGCUCCUAAAAGCAAAAGGCAUCGAGGUCCAACAAUGCUACCCAAGGUUCAUGCACGAACAAGAGAAGAGCGUGAAGUUAUUGUUUUAAACUCACUAGGCCAACCAAUUGGACCUACACGUGAAAUUGUUCAGGAGUUCAAGCAAUUCUUGGGUACCGGGGCAAGGGAUUCUGAACUUGCACCACUAAAUUACAUUAAGUUUCCAUGUCUGCCCACACUUGACAAAAUGUGGGAGUAUGUCCAAGAAAAGUAUAUGGUUCCUGAAGCUGGAAGAGAAUGGGUGAUGCAAGCUAUCAAUGGAAGCUGGAAAGCUCAUAAAUGAUUGACUAAGAAGAACUACUUCUAUGCAUAUCCCACUGAUGCUUUAAGAUGGUUUCAUAAGCCAGACACAAUUUCAGAACCUCAAUUCAGAGAGCUUUUGCAAUAUUGGCAUUCUAAAGAGGCCAAGGAAAUCAGUAACAUCAACAAAGACAAUCGCCUAAUUUUAGAUGACAUGCACACUAUGGGCCGUAACUCUUACGCAAUUUUACGCCAUGAGUUGUAACAACAAGAUCCUGAUAAACAAGAACCUUCUCAAGCAAGGGUCUAUAAGGAGUCAAGGAAGAGAACAGUGGGAAGGACAUACCGUACCAACCAUGAAAAAAUAGCAGAGAAUAUUGCUAAAAUGGAUGAUUUGGAGUCUUCCCAACAUGAAGAUGGUAGUAACUCUAAGGACCCUUACUCCGAAGUGAUUCCAGAACCUAAGCGCAAAAGCCGUGUACGCCUACAAGGAAAAGGUGUGAAAAAGUCAGAUUUGAAGAAAAAAGAAAAAAAAAAGUCAGAUUUCAUAUUCCCGGCGGAAUUCUUAGAAAAUAUGCAAGCUCAAUUAGUACAACAACUUGCACCAAGCGUAACAACUGCAAUUUUGACUCAACUUCGGGAUGCUAACCCCGGGAUCAAUCUUGUCAUUCCUGAUUUUGCGAUUCCAUCGGCUCCAAAGGAUGCAUAUAGUGCGCCACAUCUUCUCGUUGACCAAAAUAGGCAAUCUUCUAAAUCUGGGGCUACAAUUAAUCAGGUGCAUGGUGAGCAAAAUGGAGAUGAAGUAUAGUGACAAAUGGUGCAAAUAUUUUGGCGACUCCUAUUCUAUUAAGUUCAUAGUUGUGAAGAUUUCAAAAAUCCAGCUUAUAUAUAUGUUGGAAUUUGUAUUUUGGACGAUUAAAUUAAUUAUGUAACUUUAGUUUAUUAUUAGGGUGUCAUACCGAAAUUAUAUUAAGUAAUAUUUUGUAAUGUACGUAUUUA